UGGUUUUAUCCGGGAUCGCAGACUCUGUGGAUUGCAACAUCUUCUACUACUACUUCUUCCUCCCAGGGCAAAAGCUUCUUCUGAUACGGGAGCAGCAAUAUCGUCAAUAUGGCGGUCGGAGGCAAGAGAGUGUACAACUGGUACAUUUCCCUCGUGGCGGCAUCAUGUAUGGUCCUCUACGGCUAUGACGCUUCGGUGUACAACGCCGUGCAGGGCUCGAAGCACUGGUUUGCCUAUUUCAACAUUACCCCGAAGGACACUCAGAUGGUUGGUGCGGUCAACACGGCCUACAAUGUCGGUGCCAUCAUCUCUGGCUUCUUCAUGGGCGGUCCUAUUGCGGACAAGCUUGGUCGGCGAUGGGGCAUGGCGAUUGGGGCGUUCUUCACCAUCGUGGCCACGUUCAUCCAGACGUUCAGUCCGAGAGGGAAUAUUGGCUGUUUUAUUGCUGGGCGUGUGGUUAUUGGUCUCGCUCAGGGUAUCGCUCUAACUGCUGGACCCAUCUACAUCGGAGAGCUAUCGCCCCCUGAGAUCCGUGGCAAGAUCAUGAGUUUCUGGCAAAUGUUCUACAGCGUCGGGUCGUUCAUCGCCUACUGGGUCAAAUACGCCUGUUCCAAGCACGUCGUCGCCCUCGGCGAAUGGGACUGGAAAAUGGUCGUCAUCUUCCAAAUCCUCGUGCCCGUCCUGAUCCUCGCCCAGGUCUUCUUCAUCCCGGAGACGCCUCGCUGGUACAUCCAGCACGGCAACCGCAUCGACGCCGCGCGCGCCUCGCUGCACCGCGUGCGCAACACAGAGCAAGAAGUCGAGGACGAAAUCCUCGUCAUCCGCGAGGCCAUCGAGUUUGAAAAGGAGGCCAUCUCGAGCUCGUACUCGGCGCUCUGGAAGGACCGCAGCGUGAGGUACAGGUUGUUCCUUGCCUUUGUGCUCAAUGCCGGCCAGCAGAUUACGGGCCAGGGCACGCUGAACACGUACUCGACGAAGGUGUACCAGAAGGUGUUCAACUCGGACGACACGAUCAGCCUGAUUAACGCGCUGAACGCGACGUUUGGGAUCAUCUUCACGCUGAAUGCGACGUGGACGGUGGAUCGGUUCGGGCGCAAGUUUCUGUUCAUCACGGGCGCAGUCGGAAUGGCGGUGUGCAUGCUGAUCGUCGCGACUGUCGAGACGCAAACGCCCAGCUACGGCGCCGGGGUCAAGUCGCAGCCCGUAGGCAUCAGCAUCGUCUUCCUGCUCUUCCUCUUCGCCUUCUUCUACAAGCCAUCCUGGGGCGCGACGACAUGGAUCUGGACAUCGGAGAUCUUCAGCAUGAAUGUGCGCGCCCAGGCCGUCGGGAUGGCGAGCCAGAUGCAGAACGUGGUCAACAGCAUCGUGCAGCAGUUCUUCCCGACUUUCCUGGAGAACUGUGGGUUCUACGCGUUUUACAUGUUUAUGGCGGUGAAUGUGCUGUUGGCGGUGUUUGUGUGGCUGUGGAUCCCCGAGACGAAGAAGGUGAGUUUGGAGGAGAUGGAUGGGCUGUUUGGCGGGCAGAAUCAUGUGGAGAAGGGGGCGGAUCUGGUGGGGGCUGAGGAUGCGCAUCAUGUGGAUUUGGGGGAGAAGGGGGGUGUGGAGAGGGUUAGGGAGGUUCGGAAGGUGUGAGUUGGUUUGUUUGUGGAGGUUCUGUGUGGGAUUGCUGGAUGGUGUUGCUGAUGGCGUACUUGCUGAGACUGGAGCACGCGGUUGAGGUUCUUGUAUCCUUAUGGUAU